CGUCAAAAUGACCCUGACAGUUGACAGAAAAUGUACGAUUGAGGCUUCUUGCUAGCGAGUGAGUGAGUAAAAAGAACAAAGCGCAGGGUAUCAGAUCCUCUCCUCGUGCUAAUCAUUUCACGGCUGAAGUGCUUGCCAAUUUUGCAGUUCACUAUUGUUGUCUUGACGAAACAGUUUCCCUCCGCAUGAUAAAAUUUAAUACUUCCCCGCUGCCAAAAUUUAAUACUCCUUUCCAGUCUGACAAUAUUCCUGAGCUAGGCCGUGUGACAGCUCUGAACUCGUUCCUCUUCGCUAUUUCAAGUUCCAGGCCAGGUGAGGCAGUAGUAGCGGCAAAAGUGCACCUGGCGUUUCGAAUUUUGGCCUUCUCCGUUCUGUUGAGCGAGUUGAGUGGGACGGGCGGGAAAAUAGGAGUCGACUGAAAAGCGUGGUUGACGACUCCACAGCUCCGCAGAGGAGAAGCUCGCAGCAGCAGUUCGACCAUGGCGGAGUUAGAAGGAGACGAACCAGAAAUACCUGCAACAGAUGCGUACUCACUAGAACUGAAGAAGAAGAUACUCGGAGCGUUUGAGGUGUUUGAUCAUGACGCAAACGACACGGUAGAUGUCAGAGAGGUGGGCACCAUCAUACGGUCACUUGGACUAUGCCCGAGCGAGGGAGAGCUCAGCGACAUGAUACGAAUGAUGGAGGAGGAUGAACCAACAGGCUAUGUACGCUUUGUCAAGUUUGAACCUGUCGCUUUGCAGGCACUGGUGGAAAGACGAUACCGCCCAGUUGAUGAAGAAACAUUACUCAAGGCAUUCGAGGUGCUGGACACAGCCAAGAACGAUUGCUUGACGGUGGAGCAACUCACCAAAGUCAUGUGUGAGAAUGGGGAGAACUUCUCCAAAGAGGAGAUGGAUGAGAUGCUGAGUGCGGCUGUGGACCCAGACAAGAACAACAUCCAGUACCGCGAGUACGUUUCUCUAAUGGUGGUCGAUGAGAACAACUGACCAACUAAGCAUACUGGUAGUCUAGAGAUGCCAAGCGCAGCCGUGAGCAGGAGACGACAACGACACAACGGCCGCCGUGUGCAUAGUGCACGUUGUCAACAACUCCUACUGCAUGCUGCAAGAAACCUCUAAUCGGACUAGCAUCUUACUCCAGUGUCUACUGGCGAGAAUUGAGCAGACUGAUGGUGUGACCACCAUCACUGCAUUUCUGUCAGUCUCAGUCCGUCAGACACCACCAGUAUUGGUAGAACAGUAGCACACCGGACGGUGUUGAUUGUAACCAGUUAGUAGCUAGUCAAUCAGUAGAGUAUGACUGUGCAGAGUGGAUUGAACACAAUAGGCAAGUACAAUAGGCAAACUAGUAUCCACUGCAACAGCCGUCGUCUAACAAGCUGACUCUGAACUCGCACAGCUCGAGUGCAAAGAAAAAAACUACAUGCAUGUAUUACUACUAUCAGAAAAGACAAUAAGCUAAAAAAAAACUAAACUGAACUAAACAAAGUGAUCAAACGCGUCUUGUCACAGAAUUGCAUUCCUCAUUUUUAUACUGUAUAUUAUUUUCCUUAUAUGUGGUUAAUAAUAGUCAUUUCAUGGAUAAAAACCCAAGUUAAACAUAGCCUUUUAUUUUAUAAUUUCUUGAUUAAUUCUUCAGCUUCUUGUCGCUUAUCGUCUUUCUUCAUACCGAUGAAAUCUGCAAAAAGCGGGAAGGUAAAUAGAGCUAAUCCGUGUUAAAUGCAACCAGGAACAAACUUUGCACCACGUCGACUUUUCGAUCAAUUUUAUUUACAAUGCCUGCCUGCUCCUUGGGCCCCUAGGCCCCCCCCCCCCUAAGUUCCAUUUUUGGCACCCAAAAUUCAUACAGCCUCUCUCUAUAUUGGCACCCAGGAUUCAUACAGUCCCCCCCCCCUAUUUCGGCACCCAGGAUGCAUACAGCCCAGCCCCUCUAUUUUGGCACCCAGGAUUUAUACAGCAGCCAGCCUCUUCCACUCAUUCCUACUUGCACAGUAUUCAGCACACCUUGAUGAUACCAGCAGCUUGGAUUCAUCACGGCUGCAUGGCCAGCGCCCUGGGCCGCUUGACCUCCGACCGGAUUUUCAUGUCCACAGCAGUAAUAGUAGGACUCCCUGGAGUUGGCACAUGCCCUGGCUUCACAGCCCUGGAUUUGACACAUGCACUGGCCUUGUCCCUGCAGGGAAUCGCGAUUCCACGGAUGCAACAAAUUUCGCGAUUUUGGCCCAAACCCGCGUUUUUCUGCAUAAUCCGCGAUUUCCCGCGUUUUUUGUUGUUUUCUGCACUUUUUCAAACAUUCUUCUGUACUUUUCCCGCAGUGCUUUCCAUGAUCAUGUUGGUUUUUUGCAUAGA